GGGCGCGCGGGGCGGGGCAGGGCGGGAGGCGCGGGGCGGGCGGCGCGCGGCCCUCGCCGGCGGAGGCAGCGGCGAUGCUGCGGCGGAAGCCGACGCGGCUGGAGCUGAAGCUGGACGACAUCGAGGAGUUCGAGAACAUCCGGAAGGACCUGGAGAGCCGCAAGAAGCAGCGGGAGGAGGCGGAGGCGGCGGCGGCCAGUGAGGAGGCGGCGGCGGCGGCCAUGGCGCUGGGCACCGACCACAAGAGCCGGGAGCAGAUGAUCAACGACCGUAUCGGCUACAAGCCGCAGCCCAAGGCCGGCGGACGCGCCGCCCACUUCGGCACCUUCGAGUUCUAGCGGCGGGACCCCCCGGGGUCCCCCUGGAACCCCCCGCCCGGGGCCACCGGCACCCCCCGGGGACCCCCGGCCGAGAGGGACACGGGACACGGCCAGCCGCCGGCCGGGCGGGGCUGGCGGGCCGGGCCUCCCCCCCCCCCCCCCCCGCACCUCGCUUUUGCUCUUGUUGUCUUCUUCGUUUUGUUUUUUUAAGUUUAUCUGGUUAACACGCCUGUGAACAGCC